AUGUGCAAAUGUAGUUUGUCGCCAUUGUAUGAACUCCGGGAGGAUCGUAAACGCGAAGUCGCCCGCACAAUUGGCCACCUGGAGGGUUUGAAGCGUGAGUUGCUAGAAGAAAUCGGUAAGCACUUCUCCACUGUGAAACAACUGGUGACAUCCGAAGGGAGAAAAGCCGAUGGAAGGAUGAGUCAACGAUCUACCUCGGUGCACUUGUCUCCUGUGAGUGCGGAUGACAUCUUUCGUCCGCCCGAUUUUGUCACCAAGACUGGUGCAACCCAAACGGUUGCUAGGCCAGAAGAGGUUGGAACACCACAGCAGUCUGCCCAAGCGUAUUCACUCUCAUACGGAAGAGAAACACAACAUAUUUAUGAUGAAAUAAAGCAGUUGGCCUUGAUCAACACGGCUUACGGUGGGGUUCCUGCAAAUCUGCCAGCUGAACAUGCUCUACAUUCGGACAAUUUGGAUCAGUUUAGGGAAGACAUUUUGCGUGGUGUGCGCAAUGAAAUUCGACAACUGUUGCGACCGACAGGGUCUGCCAUUUAUGACACACAAACUGCCCCGGUUAUUGUCCGAAGCUCAGAAUGUGUUACUUGCUCAAGUACAACAGUGUGCCAAUCCGCUUCAACCAGUCGCACAACUCCGAUGGUCACCGUUAUAGCGCCUGUGAAGCAUUUCGGGUCAUCUUCGGCUACCACUACUCGGACAAGUCAACCACCAAGGCCGCUUCUCAGACAGGCCCGCCGGUCCAUUAGCCCUGCGGAACCGGUGGAGCAGCAAACACAGGUUACGCACAGACGAAGCGAGCAAAACACAUCUAGAACAACGGCGACAUGCGACGCACAACAUGCAUCGGAAAGCGGUGAUGCUGGUGGGGACCUUUUGUCCCCUAGGUGACAGCGAACCUAUUCCAUGAAUUUCCACAGCAGGUAACAUGUGUCUUUCUUCCACAUCAUGCACCUAACUUUACUAUUCAUCAUGAGACAAGAUAUCUUACUUCCACAGUUAUCACAUAUUACAGAAACAUCACUGCGCAUUGCCACACUACUGAAGAUACACCCAGGUAUAUA